UUUUUUACGGUUAAGUCAGCCGAGAAAUAAUUAAAUUUUUGCUGAUUUUUCAUCACAGUUUGUUCAUCACAGCAAAUAUCAAACAUUAGCCACAUACACCGCACAAUGUACUUUAUAAAUUUGAAAAAGGUGUUUAUCACAAACUGAAACAUUUUUGAAUAGUUGCUUUAUUGCUUUAAACUCUGUGAAAGCCUUUUCGCUACUAAUGCUCUUUCAUUAAAUUAAUCAUCUAGAAAAAAUUCACGAUGUUCAGUGCGCUUCUUAAAAGAUCAUAUGACCAUGAUGAUAAGAGAUGUGUUGAUCGUCAACAAAAAAUGCUGAUGGUCAUGCGUUUCUGUAUAUAUCUCUUAAAACUUUUAUAACAUAAAAAUAAUAGUCGCUUCUGAUUAGGGACUAAUAAUUAUGGAUCCUCGCUGGAAACAUCCCUGGACUUCAAUUAUUUGUGGUCCUACAGGGUGCGGCAAAACUGUUUUUGUGAAAAGGUUCAUUCGUACUAUAAAUCAAAUGAGUGAUACGCGCUUCUCAAAAAUUAUAUUUCAUUAUGCUGAAUGGCAAGAGAGUUAUAAUAAUUAUCCAAAAUUUCUACCCCUUCAAUUUAAAGAAGGACUACCAUCUAGUGAUGAUUAUACGUCCGAUUACACUCCAAAAUUAAUUAUCAUUGAUGAUCUUAUGCGUGAAUCAUCAAGUAGUACAAUUAUUGACCUUUUGUACGAAGGGCAGCCAUCAUCGUAAUUUGAGCGUUAUAUUUAUAACACAAAAUUUAUUUCAUCAAGGAAAGGGACAACGAGACAUUUCUUUAAAUGCUAACUACAUUGUGAUUUUUAAAAACCCCCGUUACCGCUCACAGAUCCAACAUUUAGCCCGGCAAGUGUGUCCAGAAAACACCCGCUUCUUCCAAGAAAUAUAUUAUGACGCAACAGCUCAACCGCACGGUUACUUAUUGCUAGACUUGAAACAAUCAACACCUGAAAAUUGUCGCUUCCGCACAUGUAUUUUUCCAGAGGACUCGAAGCACUAUGUUUAUGUGCAGCGUAAACCUAUAAAUAAGAGCCCCCAUAAUCACAAUUUGUAUUUAAUACGUGGUUCAAAACUUUCUAUAGUCGGCGAGUUUGUGCCUGAAAAGUUUAAUUUAGUUUUACCGAGGUUUCUCUUCCGCUUAAUAUUUGAAUGCACUUUGUUUGGUGUAUUGGAGCAAAUAUGUAGCAGUUCAUUUAUUUUGAAUUCGUUGCUUUUGAUUGUAUUUUGAAGCUUUUUAUUUUAAAUAACUAAAUUCUCCACUUCAGUAUGUGCACAACUUAGUUGAAUUUUUAAAUCAUCUAUUGUUUGCUUUAGUUCCCUUACUUCAUCAUAAUUCAAUGUUGAUAAAUCGGGCAAACUAUUCAUUCGGUAAUCCUUAGUAGAUAAAGGUGUUGAGUUAUUAUCUAAGUCAGGUAAGGAUUCAAACGAAUCACUCAUUUCUGUAGUAACUCUUUUACUCAGUGUAACAUUGUCUAUUUCCAUGUUCUUAUAUUGUAAAAACGUCUAAGUAGAAAAUUAAAAAUGAAAAGAAUACGCUACUAUGUUUGCUCAGGAUUUGAACAAGUGACAGCUAACUAUAUGCAAACAAUAAACUAUGGGAACUUUGACUUAUUUCCAUCUCAAAAAUCUGUAACUCCUGUGUUUAUAAAGAUAUCAUCAUGUUUUUUUCUGAUAAUCUUGAAUAUAUUUUCUUUUCAAUAAUUUAUAAUUUUUGUGUAUAAAAGUUUAUUUAUAAAAGUUACAAAAAAACAGAAAAACAAAAUAUACGAUUUUUAGACUUACAUCUAUGUUUUAAUUAAUUUAUAAAGGUAACCAGUAAAAGAAACUGUUUAAAAUUAAAAAAAGAAACAUCGUCGUAGCUCAGAUGUCACAUAUGAGAUCACAAGAAGUUCUUAAUAUUUUUUAUGGUUGAGGAAUAAGAAAAAAAAGAUGAUGGCAACG